ACGAAAAGUGAAAGUAAGCUAAAGAAUCCCCACCAAAUGUGUCGACCGGUUUUCCUGUAUAAUCGUUUCACAAUAUACGCAAUACGAGCAAGAUACUUGAAAAGCUAAGAGAAAGAGAUGAAGAGAAGUUUGAUUAUUGGAGAGGGGGAACAAACAUGAAAUUCUUAUGGUAGAUUCUUAUACAUUGACGAGCAUACUUCAGUUAGUAUCAAUUGGAUCUUCGAUUGAUUAGUGUCGUUCAUUUUUAUAGUGCAAUUAUUAUCUGUGACAAUGGUGCAGUACAAGUUAUCAUACUUCAAUGUAAUGGGUUUGGGUGAGCCAAUAAGAUUCUUAUUAAGCUACGGUGGCGCCGAAUUUGAAGAUAUUCGUAUCGAUCGCGAAGAAUGGUUAAAAUUUAAAUCAGCAACUCCAUUCGGGCAAAUGCCAAUUUUAGAAUUCGACGGUAAAGUUUAUUCUCAAACAUUACCGAUUUGCCAAUAUUUGGCAAAGAAAUAUAAUUUAAAUGGUAAAACGGAUUUGGACGAUUUACAGAUCAAUGCUAUUGCUAAUGCUCUUCACGAUCUCAGAAAACAAGUAGCACUUUUCUAUAGAAGCACUGAUCCCAACGAGAAGGCUAAAAAAAAGGAAGAAGUUUUAACUACAACUUUACCAUUUUAUUUGAAAAAGUUAGAAGAACUGGUUCAUAAUAAUGGUGGUUAUUUGCAUGGUGGUCAGUUGAGCUAUGCUGAUUUGUUUUUCGUGGCCAUUUCGGAUUCAAUUAACAAUGCUUGUGAGUUAGAUAUUGGCAAGGAUAAUCCUAAUUUGAAGUCUCUCAAGGAGAAGGUACUUGCAAUUCCAAAAAUUAAAGAAUGGGUUCAGAAGAGACCUAAAUUGGAUUUUUAAAUAUUCCUAAUUUGAUAUCACUUUCACGCACAUAUCUUAUUUUUUCUUUUACGGUAUUGUAAAAAAAUCUACAAUUACAGUAAUUAAAACGUAUUCAAUGCAA